CACGUGAUGCAGACAUCCUUUUGAAAAACUUAUUAUGGCGGUGAAAUUUGUCAGAGCUAAAAAAUAGCUUAAAAUUUGGCAUCUUUGAAGAUACAAAUCGCACUUUUGAAUUUGGGUACCGUUCCAAAAAAUUACACAUGGUACGCGCAAGAGGUGGGAGCGCUAAAAAUAACAAUCUUUCUCGAGCUGGUAAAGGAAAAUAUGUUGAGAAUGCGGAAAGUAGCUAUUUCUCUCCAACUAAAACAAAGAAACGUCGUCGAAGUAAGAAGCCGCAAAAAUUUGCGGAGUAUGCUAAGAACUUUGUUUUUCAAAGUGACAGUGACUCAGAUGAUUCAAACAAUUCAAUUAAAUCUUUUGAUUCCUUGACAUCAUUAAUUAGUGCAGCUUCGUUAAUAAACGAUGACUUUCCUCCUAUAUCUUAUAAUAAAACUGUACAUAGGUCAACAACACCUGAUCCUGAGCCAAUCAUACUUUCACCAUUGUUGUUGCCACCAUCAUCUGGUGAUUUAGUUAUUGAUUCACAAUAUUUAAUGAAAUCUUUAGAAAUUUUUGAAGUUGUGAGACAUUUUGGAAGAGUUUUAAAAAUUUCUCCAUUUUCUUUUGAACAUUUUUGUGAUGCUUUGCAUGAAGAAGUUCAACUUCCACCAGUAAUAACAGAAACAUAUAUAUCUUUUAUAAAAGCAAUAUUUGCUGAAGAUGAACGUAACCAGGUUAUGUAUGGAAAUGCUGAUGAAAAAGACAUUGUAAAUCUUCAUUUAUAUCUGAUUGAUGAGUUCACAUGGCCUGAAAUUAUAAGAUCUUAUAUAAAUUCUGAUCCAGGAAAGUUUUCUCCAAACAUUAUCGAAAUAGUUGAAAAUCCUAAAUUUCCUUUUGUUUCUAUCCAAGACAAAUUAGAUGUUCUUUGUCAUUUAGCAAAGGAUGUACUGAGUUUAAAUAUUAUUCGUGAAGAAAUUCAAAAUGAAGGACUUUUUAUAUCUGAUGAUUAUUGUAGAAAAUGUGGUAGAAUGGGGGAUUUAUUAUGUUGUGAACUUUGCCCUGCAGUUUACCAUUUGGAAUGUUUAUCUCCUCCACUUCUUGAAGUACCUGAAAAUGAGUGGUUUUGUCCUAUAUGUGCAGAGCAGCAUGUAAAAGGAGUAUCAGAUGUUUUAUUUGAGCUUGAUAGAACCCAAGUUUAUCGAAAUGAACAACUUGGAGUUGAUCGGCAUAAAAGAAUAUAUUGGUUUAUGGUCCGACGAAUUAUUGUGGAAGGUGUGGAAGAUAUAUUUUACUAUAGUUGUCAAGAGCAUUUAGAUGAGCUUAUAGCUGUGCUGCGAGAAGAGGAUAAUGAGGUUGAACUCUUAACUGUAAUAGAAGAUCGUUAUGAAGAAAUUGUGCGUCAUAUGAAAGUAACUGAAGAGUUGUAUAAUGAACAAAAAGGUGAUCUUGUGUCGUUCUUGGAGCGCCCUAGGGAUAUUGGAAAAUUAGUUGAAAGUAAGGAUUUUAUUCAAUAUCAACUGGAAAAAGAUCAAGAAAGAUUAGAAGAAGAAAAUCAUUUUGAUGACCUUGAAGAUAGCUCUCCUUUAAAUAUAGUAAUUCCAGCAGUUACAUUUGUUCCUGAUGAAAAUGUUCCGUUAAAAAUAAAUGUAUUUACUAAAAACAUCUGUAUCAUUGAACAAUUGCUAACAAGAAAAAAACUAACAGCAUUGGAAGAAGAAGUGUUAGAUGUUCUUACCAGAUGUGUAAAGUUAGUCACUCAUAAUUGUGAUGGAGAUAAUUUGUUUGAAGUUGACAUUAAUGCAGAACUUGAAAUUAUCCAAGAAGGACAUGAUGACUAUAAUCUAAAAGAUAAUUUGGUUGAUGAAAUUGACAAGGAAUAUGAAAAUUUUCAAAAUGAAAUUGAGAUUAAAGACCCAAUUGAAGCUGCUCAAGAACUUGACAAAGCAGGAACACCAUUACAAAAUUCUGAAAAAAAGAACAAAGAACUUAAAGUUCUUUUAGACGACAAAUGUUAUUACAAACUUGGGACAAAUUCAUGUUUUUCAACUUAUGUAAAUCAAUAUUCAAGUAGUAUGAUGGCCAAAGGCAAGCAAGACUUACAAGCUGAAAAAGAUAAAAGAAGAAUUUUAGGCAACAAAUUUUGUCUUAAUGCUUUUAAAUGGUAUGGAGAUUGUCAAAAAGGAUAUGCUUCUAUUAUAAGCACAUUACGCAGUACCUUGUUAUCAUUUGAAAGUUCGAUACCAACAGCUUUUCUUCAUCCUUCCUGGUAUGUGCUGCUUCCAUGCUGGAUUAAAGCUGUGCGUUUAUGUAACACACCAAAGGAGUUUGCAGUUUUACUUUUACUUUUAGAGGAGAUGAUAAAACCAGUCAUUAUGGUAAAUACAUGGAAAGAAUCAUCUGGUGCACUCAAAUUGCAAAGAAAGGUUGGAGAACCAAAAGCUGUUAAGCUUAAGCCUUCCUCAAAUAAAAAAGUAGAAAAAGAUACUCAGUUUCUUUCAAUUGAUGUUGAAGAUUCUGACAGUGAAGAUGAGUUAUUUAAACCAACCUCAGGUGUUCCAGUUAAAUUUAGUUGGCCUCCUAAGCACAAACUUUGGGAAGUAAAAGGCGAGGAGUACAGAAUAAAAGGUUACGGUGCAUGGUGUUGGGAAACUUCAUACUUUCGAGGAGUUAAAAGGAAAUCUUUUGAUGAUCAGAAAAAAGUUGUUAAUAAGAAACAAAAAAUAGAAAGUGUAUUGAGAAAAGUUAAGCAUAAAAAAGGAACACAGUUUGUCAAAAAGGAUGCUUUGAAUGUAAUAGAAAGCCUUCCAUCUGAGUUUGAUAAACGAGAUGAGCAUAUUGAUACUUUUAGAUUAUUGAAGGAAGAUGACAUUUAUGAAGAUGAUGAACCACCUACUAGCCCCUUGAUUUUAAUUAAAUCUGCAAAUCCAUACCCAUUAUCAGUCGAAAAUAAAACCUUGGAAUUAAAAUUUGGAGAUUUAAAUUGGACGGAUGAAACAGAAAUGGAAAUAGUACAAGCUAGUUUAGAUAUUCCUCAAACACUUAAUGCAAAUAUCUCAUUUAAUCAUAUAACGCAGGCAAGUAAGUUGCAUAUGUCAGAUCAAACUUUGUUCAAUGAGAAAACUUCAGUAAUUAAGGUAGUUUCUCCUGUUAUGAAAUCCUCUAUAACUGAGCAUGAGACUUUUGAUGUAAAAAAUUCAACGAUAUUUGAUUUAAAAGAAGCAUCAAUACCAAGUUUUCCAGCUUCAAGUGUUUUUGCUGCAAGUGGUCUUACUUCAAACAUUCUGGCACAAACUGUUUUAGAUACAAAUGGUUUAGCAUCUAAUGUUUUAGCCGGCAAUGGUUAUACCGCUAGUGAGUUAGCUCCGUGUGUUUUAGUUUCGAGCAGUUUAGCUUCAAGUGUUCUAACUUCAAGUGAUCCUAAAAAUAAUUUUUUAAAUUCUGGUGUUGGUUUAUUUUCAACUGAUAUUGCAGUACCAAUAUCUGAAAGUAUUCCAAGUUUUGAUCCUUCAAUAAUUACAAAACCUUUUGAUACAAAUGAAAAUAAAGUUUUAAUUCAAAAAAAAGUUAACAAAAAUAAUGUUGUUGAAGAUUUUGUAUUGUCAUCUGUCCACUCUGGAAAUGCAACAUCAGUACAAUCAAGUUCAUAUUCUUUAUUAACGUCUUCAUUCCCUAUUUCAAAAAUUUCUCUAAUUAAUAAUCCCACGCUACUAUCAGAAUCUGUUCAUUCAGUAGCUGGUUCAUUUAGUGUAUUAAAAAACUUAGUACAACCUGCUUUUUUAAAAGAUAUGGGUAAUAUAUCAGUAGAUUCAUCUCCUAAAGUAACUGCAAAGCCUACUGUUUUUAAUAUGAGUUCAAUUUCAACUGCAAUAUCACAAAGCAAAUCUCAGCAAUCAGUAAUGAACAAUAGAUCUUUUAUAAAUAAUUCUUCAUCAAGUUCCUUAAAUGUUCUUCACAACUUUUCUCCUCAUUUAUUGCAAUCAAAACCUGCUGCUUCAGUUUCUUUUCCAGUCUGUGAUAAACCAGUGUACAUAUCUGGACCCAGGCUUUUAUCAACUUUAAAUAAUGGAAAUCUUUCUAUACAGGCCAACCAAUUUCUUACAGUAUCCCCUAAAGUUCAGUUACCCGUAAUGAAUCAUUGUGGAUUAUCUCAAUUCAAAUUGCCAACUUCCUCAAGCAAUCAUGUCAGUGAUGUUUUUUCGAAAACUUCUAUGUCUUUUACAUUUGUUUCUUCAGUAACUACUUCAAAUAAAUUACCUUCUAUAGUCUCGUCAGCAACUGUAAUAAACAAACAACCUAUUGUCAUUAAUGGAGAGAACAACAUUCCGUUAUUAAAAGCACUAGUUGAUGCUGGCAUAAGCAAUCAAGCAGGUGGGAUAAUGGCAAUUAAAACUAGUACAGGUCAUUUUAUUAUUAGAACAAGAAAUAAAGGGAAUUUCAAUUUAGAAUCAAGCAAUAUAACAUCUAAUUCAUCUGGUAUAUCUAUCACACGCAUGUCUUCACCUAGUGGUUUAAAUAUAUUAACAAGUAAGCAAACAGGUAUGACUCCAGUAAGGCCAAAGUCUCAAGUUCUUUCUCCACAAGUUGUUAGCUUAACAAAGUUCCAAACAACUGUUUCUAAUUCAUUAAUACAACCUAUCCAUCCUAAAGUGCCAGCUUCAACUGUGUCGUUAAGUAAUCCUACUUCAUCAGAUAAUACUUCAGUAAAUGUUCAAAAAAAGAUUUUAAUAAAAAAUAUAGACUCUGGAAAACUUAAUUAUAAUGAAGAAUUUUAUAACAAAAAUCAUGACAGGAUGAAACCAUUAAGAGUAAAUUUUGAUAAGCCUGAACUUCUUUUGCAGCACGAAAUAAAGCGUUUACAACGUCGUAGAAAAGGUUUUAAAAGUAUUUUUACACUUCCUAAGCACUUGGUUAAAAUGUUAGCACGUAAAGGAGGUUUUAUUGAAUCUCCUCAAUUCUUAUAUAACUCAAAAACAUGUACAAACUGGCCUGAAUGCUUACCUCGGCCAACAUUUCAAGUUGCGUGGAGAUAUCGUUUAGCAGAAGCUAAUCACAUAUCCACAGUAUUACAUUUGUUACGAAUGAUUCAUUGUUGUUUCAAGUGGGAUAUUAUUAAUAAUAAACCACCUAAGGGUGUUAACAGAUCGAUUACUUCUAACAAAGGCAUUAUUACAAUAGAGAUAGUUGAGGGUAAACCUGCUCGAAGUGAUGGUUUAAUGUAUAAUUAUAAUGUGCGUAAAAUGUACCAACCCUUCAAAACACACAAAAAAGUUAAACUAGAAAAACCAUUACCAAAAAUUGAAGUUGAUACUACUCCAAAAUCUAGAAGUUCAGCCACAGGUAUUCAACUAAGAGAACGAACUGCACCUUUAAAAUAUACAAUUGAUAAUGACUUUAACUCUAGUUCAAGUGAAGAUGAUGACAAUGGUGUUCCCUUUCCUAAAGAGCGUACAAUUACUCACAGCUGGCAUCCAGAGCAUGAAUUAGACUUAUGGGAAAUUCGUCAAUUUUGGGAACGUGUUGAGAAUGAAAGAAAUUUAAAACGACAACAUGGUUCUUCCAUUGUUGUUAAUCAAAGUCUAAAACAAAAGGUAAUUGAUGUUGAAAAACAACAUGAAGAUGAAAAAGAAAGUACAAAAUGGUCGCCAACAUUAUUGCAAAAAACUCCUAUAAGUAUAAAGUCAUUAUCUCCUAUAAGACCAGCAGUUUUAACUUCAAGCAACAGUACUCAAACCAAUUUCCCGAAAGAAGUAUCAAUAGCUGGUAUGAAAGCGAUGCAAAGUACACUUAUUAAUAAAUAUUUAUCCACUCAAAGCAAUCGUUUGGUUAUCAAAACUCAUGAGAAAUCACCUGUAUCAUUAUUAAAACAUAGUCCAUCCAUGCCAAAGAAAGCACAGCAACCAAUAAUUCGUGCAAAAAUUGUGACUGAACCAGAUUAUGUAAUUGCAAAAACUGUUUUGGAUGGUAUUGUUAGAAAAAUUGAAGUUCAAGAACGAAAAGAAAAACGAAAACAUGAAAAGCUUAUGUCAAUUAUUAACAAACAACGUGCACAAGAGUUUGCCAGACUACAAUCUAAUCUUAUGAUAAAACGUAAUAAUUUGCGACUUGAGGUAAUGAGAAAGCGUGAAAUAUUAGAAGAAUUAUUAAUUCAAGAAGUGGAGAAAGAACUUUUCCCAGAACUUGCAUAUAUACUAAAUUUAGAAAAGCCUUUUGAAGAAGAAGAAGAAGAAAUACUUAUUGACAGUCCUGUCAAAGUUAAAAAAACUGUUGAACGUAAGCGAAAAGUCUCUGAGGUUGUAGAAGUUGUAGAUGUGGUUAAAAAAAAAAGGACAUCAAUUGAUACAAAACCAGACUUGUAUUGUGUUUGUAGAACACCCUAUGAUGAGACGCAAUUUUAUGUGGGAUGUGACUUAUGCAAUGGUUGGUUUCAUGGUUCCUGUAUCGGUAUUACAGAAGAAGAAGCUGAAAGUAUUGAUGAAUAUAUAUGUGAAGAAUGCAAUAAAGAGAAAGUGGUUGUAGAAGAAGGGGAACUAUAUUGCAUUUGCAGACAACCUUAUGAUGAAAGCAAAUUUUAUAUCGGUUGUGACUUCUGUCAAGAUUGGUUUCACGGUACUUGCGUUGGAAUGACGCAAGCAGAAGCAAGUUUAGUUGAAGAGUAUAAAUGUCCUAAUUGUAGAAAAAAAACUACAAAAGAAUUAGUUGAGUUGAAACCCUUAACAAGUAAAGAGCUUGAUGGAUUAAAACGCUUGCAUAGAUCUUUAAUUAAUCACAAAAUGGCCUGGCCUUUUAUGAAACCUGUCGAUAAAAAAGAUGUUAAGGACUAUUAUGAAAAAAUCAAAGAGCCUAUGGAUCUGCAAACAAUGAGUACAAAACUGCGUGACAAUAGUUACUCAACACUUACAGACUUUGUAGCUGAUGUUUCCAGGAUAUUUGACAAUUGCCGGUAUUAUAAUCCGGCAGAUUCGUCUUUUUAUAGGUGUGCUGAAGUCUUAGAAAAUUACUUUGUUCAAAAGUUAAAAGGAUUUAAAAAUACAUUAAAACAACGCUGAUUGGUUGAAACAAUGGGGAUUGUUUGAAACUAAUUGCUAAAUAAGUCGGUAAUUGCAUAGCAACAACUUGUUUAGAUACAAUAAAGGUUACAAUAGUAAAUAUUAAAAAUGAAACUGAAGACAUUAAUCAUUUUCAAGAUUUGAUAUUGGAUUAAUAAUUUUUUAUUGUCAAGAUAGCAGCGAAUGUUGUAAAUUAGUGAACGGCGGGCUCAAUGAAAGAAAUGUCUAAAUACUGACAAUUUACUGGAUAUAUGCAAAUUAUAAUUAUUUAUUUGUACUUUUUAUAAAAAAGUUGACAGUUACAGUUUAGUUUUUUUA